CUCAACCUGGCUUCUCAGUCUGUAUUGGAAGGACUCAAUGCUUGUUUUGACCACAGAGGAGAAAUCUAUGUUCCUGAGUUAGGAAUGAGUUUUCAAGUACAGCAUGAAAAGACGAAGAUUUUCGGGUGUCAAAAUCCUUUUAGACAAGGAGGUGGGAGGAAAGGCUUGCCGAGGUCUUUCCUUAACAGAUUCACUCAGGUCUUUGUGGAUCCCCUUACAGUAAUUGACAUGGAGUUCAUUGCCAGUACUCUGUUUCCAGCCAUUGACAAAAAUAUUGUUAAGAAGAUGGUUGCUUUCAACAACCAAAUUGAUCACGAAGUGACUGUUGAGAAGAAAUGGGGGCAAAAAGGAGGACCCUGGGAAUUCAACCUUCGGGACCUUUUUCGUUGGUGUCAGUUGAUGCUAGUUGACCAGUCCCCUGGGUGUUAUGAUCCUGGUCAGCAUGUGUUUUUGGUCUAUGGUGAGAGAAUGAGAACCAAGGAAGACAAAGAAAAGGUGAAUUUAACACUUGUUCUUUGUGUUUCUUUCCAUCUGAAAGUUGAUUUCCUAAGGGAGAGAAAGGGCAUACUCACUAAUAAUACUAAACUCAUUAAAUGUGACAGGUGGCGUGGCUUCCGAGCUGCCAUCACCCAUGUUAUCACAGUCAUCAACCAGACGCAGAAAGAGAACCUCUGGAAAUUCUACAAAGGUAAGAAGUACAAGCCCCUGGAUCUGCAGCCCAAGAAGACACAUGCCAUGCACCGCCAGCUGAGCAAACACGAGGAAAACCUGAAGGCCAAGAAGCAGCAGCGGAAGGAGUGGCUGAACCCGCCGCAAAAUGAAUAUGUGAUCCCUUUGGACCCCCGAUGGAACAUGCAGGCUUUGGACAUCAUUAGAAAUUCGAUGGACUUUGACCCACAAACAGACGAGCCCGAGCAGCUCUUUGCCCUUUUAGAGUCCGUUGCAAACAAGACAAUCAUAUAUCUUGACCGGGAAAAACGGAUUUUUACUGAAGCAAAUUUGAUUUCUGUUGGUGGCAAAAAGUUAAGAAAUAGUGUUUUAAGAAUGGCCUUUGAGUUCCAUAAAGAUCCAGAAAGCUAUCACAGCCUGCCCCAUGAAGUUGUGGUCAAUCUUGCUGCUUUUUUUGAACUUUGCGAUGCACUAAUCCUGCUCUGGGUCCAGUCCUCUCAGGGGAUGGUGUCUAAUGCCAGUGUCAUUGAGAUCUUGGAUUCUCUGCGGUGGCGGGACCGGUUUUGGACCGUGGCUGACACAGUAAAAGUGGAUGCCCCAGGCCUGGCCCUGCUUGCCCUUCACUGGCACUGGGUUUUGAAACAUUUGGUCCGUCACAUCCCUCAACUCCUAAUGAACCAUGAAAACAAAUAUUACAAAGAGGUUCAGACGGUCUCAGAACAUAUUCAGAAUUGCUUGGGGAGCCCAACUGGUGGCUUCACUGGUAUAAAGAAGUUGCAGAAGUUCCUGGGACGACCAUUUCCUUUUAAGAACAAGCUGGUGGUGGAGUGUUUUUCUCAAUUGAAAGUCCUUAACAAAGCGCUUGCCAUCAGAGAGCGGAUGCCUGCCCUUGGGGAAAGUGGAAGGUGGGAAGACAUUAAUCAUCUCCAAGUGGUUGCUUCUGAAUGGACUUUAAAGAAAAGUCUCUUGCGAGCCUGGGGAUUGGUCCUCAGAGCUAAUAUUCUGGAAGAUGCCAACCCAGAUGAGUUGAAGAAUCUUGUGAAUGCCCAUUGUUUAGAACUAAAAGCCAAAGGAAUUUCAGUUGGUUUUCUGGAGAAAAAGCACAAUGAAGCUUCCUCCCUGUUCCAACCAGACUUUACCUCCUUAAUCCAACUCACCAGGAAUGUUCAGUUGUGGCCUGCAAUGGAGUACCUGGCGAUGCUUUGGCAGUACAAAGUGACAGCUGAUUUUAUGACACAGGCUUGUCUAAGAAGGUCCAGCAAAAAUCAGCAACCCCAGAUAGAUGAGGAGAUAAGUCAUCACAUCACAUUUUGUCUUAAGCACACACCAAUUGGUCCGCGAGAGCUUCGAGACCUUUGGUUCUUAUUGCACCAUCAGAAGGUGUCUACUGAAGAAAUUAUUUCAUUGUGGUCUGACUUAUUUAAUUCCACAUUUAUGUCUUUUUGGAGCAGUACUGUGACUACAAAUCCAGAGUACUGGCUAAUGUGGAGCCCUCUGCCUGGUGUACAGCAGAGGGAGAUGCCCAAGUCCCUUUUGGACUCCACAUUGAAGGGCCCCGGCAGUCUCAGUAGAGCUGUAUUCUCCAAGUGCUGCUUUGAAGUCUUGACCAACAGCUGCAAAGCAAGUCCCUGGGAUGUGAGUGGCUUUCCCAUCCUGUCCUCCUCACAUGUCACCCUGGGAGAGUGGGUUGAGAGAGCCCUGCAGCUCCGGGACAUCAGCCUGGUGCUUUGGACCAACAUGGCUAUGCCUUCAGUCGCAGAGUUCAGACGCACGGAUUCACAGCUCCAGGGGCUUGUGCUGUGCCGGCACCUGGCAGGUUUGGCAGAGCUGCUCCCUGAGCCCCGGCGGCAGGAGUAUAUGCAGAACUGCGAGCAGCUAUUGCUCGGGGACAGCCAGGCCUUCCAGCAUGUGGGCCAGACUCUUGGGGACAUGGCUGGGCAGGAGGCUCUGCCCAAAGAGCUGCUAUGCCUCUUGCUCACCUCCCUGCGCCACUUGUUUGGGGAAGGGGAUGGUAAACAGGACCUUCCUGAGCCAGCCCGCCGUGGGAGCCUCUGGGUGAGCCUUGGCUUGCUCCAGAUUCAGACAUGGCUUCCGCAGGCACGCUUUGACCCUGCAGUGAAGAGAGAAUACAAACUCAAGUAUGCUAAGGAAGAGUUACACCAGCUGCAGUGUGAGUGGAAGACCCGAAACCUCUCGUCCCAGCUACUGACUGGAACAGACCUGGAAAAUGAAGUCAUUAUCCGUUACUCUCAUCCUCACAUCAGACUACUUCGCCAAAGAAUUGAUCAUCUGGAGAACUUAAUCUGCAGCCUGUCAAAGAAGCAGGCCUUUAGACCCCAGGUGCCUGCCUACGAGUCACUGGUGCAGGAGAUCCACCACUAUGUCACCAGCAUUGCCAAGGCCCCUGCUGUUCAGGAUCUGCUCACACGGCUCCUGCAGGCCCUCCACAUGGAUGGGCCUCGGUCUGCCCAGGUGGCCCAGACCCUUCUGAAGGAGGAAGCUUCCUGGCAGCAAUCCCACCACCAGUUCAGGAAGCGGCUGGCAGAGGAGUAUGCCCUGUAUCCAGACUCUGUGGCCCCACUGCAAGCAUCCAUCCUGCAGUUGCAGCAUGGCAUGAGGCUGGUGGCAUCUGAGGUCUACGCUUCAUUCCAAGGCAGUGUGGUCUGUGCAGACAGGCUGGGCACCCUGGCCACAUCCCUGUUGGCUUUUCCAUCGGUGGGCCCCACCUUCCCCACUUACUAUGCUCAUGCAGACGCUUUAUGCUCAGUGAAAUCAGAGGAGGUUCUUCGAAGCCUUGGGAAGUUGCUCCUCAAGCGCUCAGGAGGAAAGGAGCUGGAAGGCAAGGGCCAGAGACCUUGCCCCACUCGAGAGCAGCUGCUGAUGAAUGCCCUCCUUUACCUGCGCUCCCAUGUGCUAUGCAAGGGAGAGCUGGACCAGAGGGCCCUGCAGCUCUUCAGACAUGUAUGCCAGGAAAUUAUCAAUGAGUGGGAUGAACAGGAACGCAUAGCCCAAGAGAAGGCCGAGCAGGAAAACAGCCUUUACAGAUACAGGAGCAGGAACUCCAGGACAGCCCUGAGUGAGGAGGAGGAGGAAGAACGGGAGUUCAGAAAGCAGUUCCCACAUCAUGAAAAGGAUUUUGCAGAUAUUCUGGUAGAACCAACACUGGAAGAGAAGAAGGGAACUUCAGAUGGGCAAGAAGAGGGAGCAGCCACAGACCCUGCUCUCCUGUCCCAGAGCACCAUGCAAGCUGUGAUGCUGAUUCACCAGCAGCUGUGCCUCAACUUCGCUCGGACCCUCUGGUACCAAAAGACUCUGCCGCCACACGAGACAAAGCAUUACCUUGGCCUGUUUCUGUCCUGCUAUCAAACUGGGGCGUCUCUUGUGACACACUUCUACCCUCUGAUGGGAGCUGAGCUGAAUGACCAACUCUUGGGCAGCCAACUUUUGGCCUGCACCCUCUCCCAUAACACUCUCUUUAGUGAGGCAAUCUCAGAUCUGAUGGUGAAGCCUGAUGGGCCCUAUGACUUCUACCAGCACCCCAAUGUCCCAGAAGCAAGGCAUUGUCAACCUGUGCUUCAAGGUUUCUCGGAGGCUGUUAUUCAGCUGCUGCAGGAUUGGCCAGAACACCCGGCCCUUGAACAGCUGCUGGUUGUAAUGGAUAGAAUUCGUAGUUUCCCACUUUCCAGUCCCAUCUCAAAGUUCCUGAAUGGCUUAGAGAUCCUUCUGGCUAAGGCACAGGAUUGGGAGGAGAAUGCGAGUCGAGCUCUAUCUCUGCGGAAACAUCUCGAUUUAGUCAGUCAGAUGAUCAUUCGUUGGCGUAAACUGGAACUGAACUGCUGGUCUAUGAGUUUGGAUAAUACCAUGAAGCGCCAUACUGAGAAAUCCACCAAGCACUGGUUCUCCAUCUACCAGAUGCUUGAGAAGCAUAUGCAGGAACAAACAGAGGAGCAGGAAGAUGACAAACAGAUGACCCUUAUGUUGCUGGUCAGCACGUUACAAGCAUUUAUUGAAGGAUCAUCACUGGGAGAAUUCCACGUACGACUUCAGAUGUUACUGGUUUUCCACUGUCAUGUCUUGUUGAUGCCUCAAGUUGAAGGAAAGGAUUCACUUUGCAGUGUUCUGUGGAAUCUGUACCAUUAUUACAAGCAAUUCUUGGACCGGGUCCAAACCAAAAUUGUGGAACUUCGUUCCCCCCUUGAAAAAGAACUUAAAGAAUUUGUUAAAAUAUCCAAGUGGAAUGAUAUCAGCUUCUGGUCCAUUAAACAAUCUGUGGAAAAGACACACAGGACCCUCUUUAAAUUCAUGAAGAAAUUUGAAGCUGUCCUGAGUGAACCUUGCCGGUCAUCCUUGGUGGAGAGUGACAAGGAGGAACAGCCUGAUUUUUUGUCACAGCCAGCAGCCACUAGUGAGGCAUCCCCCAUUCAGAGUCUGAACAAGGCACUGAGGGAGACGCUGUUGGCCCGGCCGGCAGCUGCACAGGCUGUGAUUCCAGAACAGUGUCAGGGUGCUCCUUUCCCCUCGGAAGGAGAGCUGCUGUGUCGCUUGCCGAAGCUCAUGAGACGAAUGAGGAAGAUGUGCCUGACACUUAUGAAGCAAAGCCGCCUGCCUCACCUAGUGGAGAGCCUCGAUCACUUCACAGGUGAAGUAAUUUCCUGUGUGAGCGAGCUGCAGAGCUUAAAGCUGGAGCCCUCAGCCGAGAAGGAGAAGCAGCGGUCAGCAGCCAAGCAUAUCCUCCUGCGGAAGCAGCGAGCAUUAGCAGACCUCUUUCAGCACCUUGCAAAAGCUGGUUUGUCGUAUCGCAAAGGUCUUGCCUGGGCCCGUUCAAAAAACCCUCAAGAGAUGCUUCAUCUUCACCCAUUAGAUAUCCGGAGUGCAUUGUCUAUAGUCAGCAACAUUCAGGAGGCUGAUUCUAGGCUGCUUACAGAAAUCUCAUCAUCAUGGGAUGGAUGCCAGAAAUAUUUCUUCCGCUCCCUCGCACGGCAUGCCAGGCUUAGUGCAGCCUUAGCAGCACCUGCCAAGGAGGUGGGCAUGAGCAACGUUGAGCGGUGCAAAGGCUUCUCGGCGCAUUUGAUGAAGAUGCUUAUCCGACAGCGGCGCUCCCUGACCACACUGACUGAGCAGUGGAUCCUCCUCAGGAAGAAUCAUUUAACCUGCCCCCUGUGGAUGGAUAUUAGUCGUUUUGCCAUUACAGACACAGCUCUAAUGAAUUUCCACCUAUCCCCACAGAGUUUCAAGAGGAAACCUGGACAAGCUGACAAUGAACGCUCCAUGGGUGAUCACAAUGAGCAUGUGCAUAAGCGGCUGAGGACUGUGGAUAUGGAGAGCCACACUGAGCAGGGUCCAGCCCAACCUGAGGCCCAGGUGGAGGAUGCGGAUGCGUUUGAGCACAUUAAAGAAGGCAGUGACCCUUAUGAUGCACAGACGUACGAUGUGGCCAGCAAGGAGCAGCAACAGUCUGCAAAAGAUUCCAGCAGGGAUCAGGAGGAGGAGAUAGAGGAUACCUUCGUGGACACGGAGGAGGAGGAACUCCGAGCAGCAGACACAGAGCAGAUAAAGCCAGAGGAGGUCACGUCAGGGACCACAGCGAGCCCUGGCUUUGAUGAGAUGGAGGUGGAGACCCAAGCUGUUAAAACAGAAGACCAAGAUCCCAGGACCAACCUAUCACAUGAAGAGACAGAGAAGGAGAAACCAGAGAGAAGCCGAGAUUCAACCAUUCACACAGCCCAUCAGUUCCUCAUGGACACAGUUUUCCAGCCCUUUUUAAAAGAUAUCAGUGAGCUAAGACAGGAGCUGGAGAGACAGCUGGAAAUGUGGCAGCCACAUGAAUCUGGAAACCUAGAAGAAGAGAAGGCUGCAGCUGAGAUGUGGCAGAGUUACCUGGCCUUAACUGCGCCUCUUUCACAACAGCUGUGUGAGCAGCUUCGUCUUAUAUUAGAGCCUACCCAGGCAGCCAAGCUGAAAGGAGACUAUCGAACUGGGAAGCGGCUAAAUAUGCGGAAGGUCAUUCCAUACAUUGCUAGUCAAUUUCGGAAAGACAAGAUUUGGCUUCGAAGGACCAAGCCCAGUAAACGCCAGUAUCAGAUUUGUUUGGCCAUCGAUGACUCUUCUAGCAUGGUGGACAACCAUACCAAACAGCUGGCAUUUGAAUCUUUGGCGGUGAUUGGAAAUGCUCUAACCCUCCUGGAAGUGGGUCAGAUUGCCGUGUGCAGUUUUGGAGAGUCCGUAAAGCUGUUACAUCCAUUCCAUGAACAGUUCAGUGAUUCCUCAGGGUCCCAGAUUCUGCGACUCUGCAAAUUCCAACAAAAGAAAACCAAGAUUGCUCAGUUUCUCGAGUCCGUGGCCAGCAUGUUUGCAGCUGCUCAGCAGCCCUCACACAACGCCAGUCCAGAAACCGCACAGCUCCUCCUGGUGGUCUCUGAUGGACGUGGCCUUUUCCUCGAGGGCAAAGACAGAGUCCUGGCAGCAGUCCAGGCUGCCCGGAACGCUAGCAUCUUUGUCAUUUUUGUUGUAUUGGACAAUCCCAGUUCCCGCGAUUCUAUCUUGGACAUUAAAGUACCAAUAUUUAAAGGACCUGGAGAGAUGCCCGAAAUCCGAUCGUACAUGGAAGAGUUCCCAUUCCCAUUCUAUAUCAUUCUUCGCGAUGUGAAUGCGCUCCCCGAGACGCUCAGCGAUGCUCUGAGACAGUGGUUUGAGUUGGUGGCAGCCUCCGACCACGCGUAGGGAAGGAACACAGUAAACCAUGGUCAGACCGUGGCGCCUCGGGCCAGGUGCUCCCUCUUUUGGACAAGUGCUUCUGAACUCACAGCUCUAAAAUGUUUUUAUCUUAGAUCUGAUUUAUAAAAAUUCACCUAAUAGCUACAGAAAGUUUUGUAUUACAGUGUACAUUUUAGUUUACAAUGUGCUUUCAGAGCUAGAGAAAGCCUGGGGCUCCCGGCUUUGCCUGGGCUCCAGCUGUCACAAACCUAGGGCAGCGAAGGAACAGCCGUAGCAGGUGUCUGGUCUUGGAAGGCCCGGCCUAUGAGGAGGCCUGGGCCCGGCUGCCUUUUCCCUUCACAGGAGCCCUGGACACCUACCUGGAGAAACGGCUAGGAGAAUAAGACUGUCCCAGGCCUUUGGACAAAGGACUAAAGGCAGCUGCCCUUUUGACCCUGCUUUAAGGCUCCACCUUGCCAAGCCCACAGUGUGUAUCCAUAUGCUCUCAAGAGACUGAACAUCCGCUUUCUAUAGUCCCAAGUGUGUGUUUUUUCAUUGUGCUUCAGGUGACAGUAACUGCCUUCUCUUUGAGGAUAGGAAGGUUGGGGUAUAUGUGGUCUUACAAAGCAACCAGAUGUCAUGGGAGCCCAGGUAAUAGGAAAAAUGACCACUGGAUGGUAUAAAAAUGAAGUGGUUUUUCUGUGUCGUCCUUCACAUUUGCUGCUUCAGGAGACUAUGCAAUGAUGGAAAGCUGAUUUUCCCUUUGGUUAUUUCAUUCUUUCUGUGCCACAGUCCCUGCUGUUGUUUUUUUUUUUUUUUUUCCUUAACAAUUAAGGUGAAGAAUCAUUCCUCCACUGCUUUUAAGCUGGACUGAGCCAGUCCCAUUCUGGAAAAGAAAUGCUGUGUUUAGAAAAUAAGCAGCUACAUUUUUUUUUCCCCAAAAUACAUCAAUGGUUUUUAGACGGUUUUUACUUGGUCAGGAAGCACUGCGUGAAUACUUGAAAUUGUGUGCUAUGUUCUAUUUAAGUUGUCAGAAUGUUCUUUUGUAGACAACAUGCCAUGAUGUAAUUGUCUAUCUCCACAUCUGUUUUCAAGUUACACUGUGAAGUUUGCCACACUUUUGAGGUGGUCAUCAAAGACACAGAUUGCUUGUUGUUUAACCAAGUGUCCUAAAGCAUGUACCUGAGGUUAUAUCAUUUUUUAUUCUAAAAAGCUAUGCAGGUUAUAUUCUGAAGAUUAUUAAAUAUAUACCGCUGUUGAUAGAA